UUAGGAUUGAUUGUCCAAGUAUUCGUAGGGGCAGGAAACGAAGAGAAAAAGAUGAUAUGCGACAGUAUUCCACGAGAGGAGAGAGGGUAGAUUCCGCCAGAAUCGCAAUAAAACGAUGGAAAUAUUGGAAUCGGCGCAAUAUGAUUCCGCGACGGGUCGCGAAAUGAAACGAAACAAUGUUUGCGUUGCGCGGAACGUCGGAUAUCCCACUCUCCUCUCAUCCUCAUCUCUCGUCCUCUCUCCUCUCUUCUCCCGUCGCGAACCGAGAUUUGUUAAUAUCGAGCGCGUUCUAGCUAGUACUGUGCCAAAAUGGCCGACGUUUAGUCGUCCCUUAGUUCGGAUUUAAGUCGCUUGCUUAUCUCUCGGUUGUUUACACUAUCGAGCUAUCUUUUCCUCUUCUCACUUGGCUUUGAACCCUCGUGUUUCACAUCCUACGCAUUUUGCGUUCCGCAAUUCAUGAUACAAAUUUAAUUUAAUAUUAUUUAAGAAAACAUAUUAUAUAAAAAGCUCAAGUAUAAUAGUGUUUUAUAAACAUGUUAUAAAUGAAAAAUUUUAUAAUUGCAGACGCGUAUAUUAAUCUGAAAUGAAAAUUCGCAUUUGUUUUGAUUUGUUUGUUAAAAGCAUACGGUAUACGUAUCGAUAAAAAGUAAAAUUGAAGUGUGUAAAGAGAUCAUGUACAAAUAUAUAAUUCCAAGUAGAUUUUCGCGGUAGACACUCGGUAGACACAUCAGACGACGUCGGUAGCAACUAAACAGCUGACUGUUCUAAAACCGCGCUUAAACAAGCAAACGAGGCCGCGAAACAGCGGCAGAUCAAUGCGCGUGUAGGAGACGUCGUUUGUACACGUGAAUAUAAUUGGCGUGGCUUAACUUCAAAUUAGACGAAAGUCGGUGCUUCCUUUGAGCGCAGAGCCGCCGCUGACGGCGCUCCGUUAGAAAGUUAAAGGAGGAUGUCCGCGGAAGCGACCACGGUGCUGCUGAAGAAGAGGGAGAGGACGCAGAACUGGAUCCCGGAGGAGAAAAGCGCCCUGUUUACUCUGAUCAAGCACCACGUGAACGCGAUCGAGAACAAGAAGAUCGACGCGGCCGCGUCCGCGAUGAAGUCCCUCGCCUGGCAACAGAUCUAUUGCGCAUUCCGCGGCAGAUUCUCGGCGGACCGGGACAUCACCAGGAUCAGAGAGCAAUGGCGACGGAUGAAGGCGCAAGCGAGAAUGGAGAUGUACACGUACGCCGAAAAGGUGCGAACUUUGGGACCGGAAGCGGCCGCCAAGUCCCAUCCGUCGAAUCUAUCGAUCGAGGUAUGGCGACUGAUGGAGAGCGUUCGUAGGAACGAUUGCGAGGCCGAUCGUUCGGACGAUAGUAGUCAGGACAAUGAAAAUUCGACAAAUCGAACGGCGAUACAUGCUAUCCUGGAUAAAUUGACGUUACCCGCUCCGGAAACGUCAGGACCGGGACACGAGAUUAAGAUCGAGGUCAACAGCGACACGGAGGACGAAAGCAGUCGCGGCGAGCUCGCGCGAAAACUGUCAUCGGAUGACAGCUUUCUGCCGCGGAAGCGUUCCAGGAUCGCGAUGACGGAGGACGAGCCCGUGGAUCUCGUCGAGCAAAAAACCGCCUGUCCCGACAGCGUAUCGACAUCUCGUAUCAUCGACGAUGCGACCGAACGCAACGACGCGAGGAACGAGUUAUCCUCCGCUUCCCUAGGUUGGAACGACUCGAUCUCGUCCGACAAGGACAAAUCGGUGCAGCGAGCCAUGUGGAUUUUCAAGUCUACGCAACGCGAGCACGAGAUCAAAUUGCGGAUGUUGCACAUCGAGCUGGAACGCGCGGAGUUGCAAAAACAGACGGCCAUUAACGAAUUGAAAACCUCGGAGAUCAAGAAGCAAUUGAUGGAAGAUCAGGCUGCCGAAUACUAUAGGUCGAGUCAUUCUCAUUUGGUUACAUUCAUAAGUGUAUUAAUUGUAAUUUGAAAUUAUAAUGACUAAAUGAUUGUUCCAACUUCUUGGUAAGUUUUAUCUUCAGGUAUAUCUUCGUGUCUUCUUUUAGAACUUAUCUGAAAAGAGACGAAAAUAUGCUACCUGUCGGAUAAAACUUGGCAAGAAAUUGAAAAAAUCAAGUUAUAGGACCGGUUGUUCCAACUUCUUGGUAAGUUUUACCUGACAGGUAGCAUUUCUUCGUCUCUUCUUUUAUAAUUUAUCUGAAAGAGACGAAGAUAUGCUACCUCUGUUGAGUAAAACUUAUCAAGAAAAAUCGGCCCUAAUAUAUUCAAAAAGAAAGGCUCUGCGUUUUGAAGUUGCGGUAGUCCGCGAUAUUCGCGGCGCCAGCAUCGUCACUAAGCGCGACUGAGGUUCACGUUCUAAGAAUAAACGUUUCGUUUAUGACGAGAGACCGCUACAAGUCCUUGUCGGUCUGCCAAGUUCUUACUAACGUCUAGCUGAUAUCAAGUAUUUCGU